UCUGAAAUUAGGCAGUGUUCAUCUUCUUCGAUUUUGGCAUCUCCAAAGUCCUAAGGCGAUUACUCUCAAUCAGCUAAUUAGAUUUAAAAUAGACUUUGUUUUGGGGGUGGCGUUGUUAAUUAGGGUUCUGUUCAAAAUUUAAUCUUUCCCUUUUAUACGUCUCGGAAUUGCAUAUGGGUCGAUACAAGGAGAUUCCAACAGCUGUUAGGGUUUAUACAGUUUGCGAUGAAUCAAGAUACUUGGUAGUACGAAACGUACCGGCUUUAGGUUGUGGUGACGAUCUCAUGAGAUUGUUCGCUACUUACGGAGAUAUUGAAGAAUGUAAACCAAUGGAUGCAGAAGACUGUGAGCAGUUUACUGAUGUCUAUUGGAUCAAGUUUCGUCUCAUCGCUAAUGCAAGAUUUGCAAAGAGGAAGUUGGAUGACUCAGUUUUCUUGGGAAAUCGACUCCAGAUUUCGUAUGCUCCUGAGUUCGAGAGUCUCAGUGACACAAAGGAUAAGUUGGAAACAAGGAGGAAAGAAGUGCUUUCAAGAUCCAACCCCCAGAAAGCCAAGAGCGUCUCACAAGUCACAAAACCAGCUUUGACCCCAAUGGAUAAUUUCUCACAACAAAAGAGUUUACAAAGAGAGAUGGAUUACCAAUUCCAUAGAAGACAUGCUCCUGUUACUCGAGUUUCAUCUGACCAGGAGUAUUUUGCGUCAUCUUCAAUGAAUCAAACGGUUAAUACUGUGAGGGAGAAACUAAACAAGAUUGAAGAAAGUGGUAAGCAGAAGAGGUUAGAAGCAAGCAGCCAGAAUCUGCAAACAGAACCUGACUUGAAGAGAACCCGAAUUGAUAACCGAAGAAGAAUCUAAAACUGAUCUCGGGAAAUGCUACUAAGCUUAAUCAUUUUGACUUGAUCUUAAUAGUAUUCCUGUAUUUGUGAAUAUUGAAAUUUCUUGAGAAAAAACUUCCAAUUUUCCAAUUUUAGUUACUGCAGAAACAAUUUAUGUGUCGUCAAGCAUAUAUUACAA